AUGGAGUGCAGCCUAGCGCGCUACUCGUGGGUGGACCUGGCCUUCUCCGUGGUGGGGGUCUGCACCUUCCUGGUGGACUGGGGCUCAGACAUCUGGGUGGCCGCGGAGUUUUACUGCCGGGGAGACCUGCUGUGGUUCGGGGUUCUGGUGGGACUGAUGGCGCUGUCCUCUGUGGUGGUGCAACUGUUCAGCUGGUUCUGGUUCCAGUACGACCGACUCCAGUAUGUGCUGCCCGGGGGAGAGGAGCCUCAGCCUCACCCAGGGGGAGAGGAGCCUCAGCCUCACCCAGGGGGAGAGGAGCCUCAGCCUCACCCCGGGGGAGAGGAGCCUCAGCCUCACCCAGGGGGAGAGGAGCCUCAGCCUCACCCAGGGGGAGAGGAGCCUCAGCCUCACCCCGGGGGAGAGGAGCCUCAGCCUCACCCCGGGGGAGAGGAGCCUCAGCCUCACCCCGGGGGAGAGGAGCCUCAGCCUCACCCCGGGGGAGAGGAGCCUCAGCCUCACCCAGGGGGAGAGGAGCCUCAGCCUCACCCAGGGGGAGAGGAGCCUCAGCCUCACCCCGGGGGAGAGGAGCCUCAGCCUCACCCAGGGGGAGAGGAGCCUCAGCCUCACCCCGGGGGAGAGGAGCCUCAGCCUCCCCCAGGGGGAGAGGAGCCUCAGCCUCACCCAGGGGGAGAGGAGCCUCAGCCUCCCCCCGGGGUGAACAGUGUGGUGAUGUUCGGGGACAGAGUGAAGCUGUCGUGUGCUGUGCAUGUGCUCCAGCUGGGAUUCCUCUGCAGACACCUGUGGGUGAUAUGGCAGGGUUUCCGGGUGUGGUGGCGGCGUGAGGAGGGGUCAGAGUUGGCGGUGUAUCUGACCCAUGACCUGAGCAUGUUGCGUCUGAUCGAGACGUUCUGUGAGAGCGCCCCCCAGCUGACACUCAUGAGCCACUGUCCCAAAGCCGCUGUCCCAGAGCCGCUGUCCCAGAGCCGCUGUCCCAGAGCCGCUGUCCCAGAGCCGCUGUCCCAGAGCCACAGAGCCGCUGUCCCAGAGCCACAGAGCCACUGUCCCAGAGCCACAGAGCCACUGUCCCAGAGCCGCUGUCCCAGAGCCACAGAGCCGCUGUCCCAGAGCCACAGAGCCACUGUCCCAGAGCCGCUGUCCCAGAGCCACUGUCCCAGAGCCGCUGUCCCAGAGCCACUGUCCCAGAGCCACAGAGCCGCUGUCCCAGAGCCACUGUCCCAGAGCCGCUGUCCCAGAGCCGCUGUCCCAGAGCCACUGUCCCAGAGCCGCUGUCCCAGAGCCACAGAGCCGCUGUCCCAGAGCCACAGAGCCACUGUCCAGAGCCGCUGUCCCAGAGCCACAGAGCCGCUGUCCCAGAGCCACAGAGCCACUGUCCCAGAGCCGCUGUCCCAGAGCCACAGAGCCGCUGUCCCAGAGCCACAGAGCCGCUGUCCCAGAGCCGCUGUCCCAGAGCCACUGUCCCAGAGCCGCUGUCCCAGAGCCACUGUCCCAGAGCCACAGAGCCGCUGUCCCAGAGCCGCUGUCCCAGAGCCGCUGUCCCAGAGCCGCUGUCCCAGAGCCACUGUCCCAGAGCCACAGAGCCACUGUCCCAGAGCCACAGAGCCACUGUCCCAGAGCCACUGUCCCAGAGCCGCUGUCCCAGAGCCACUGUCCCAGAGCCACUGUCACAGAGCCACAGAGCCACUGUCCCAGAGCCACUGUCCCAGAGCCGCUGUCCCAGAGCCACUGUCCCAGAGCCACUGUCACAGAGCCACAGAGCCGCUGUCCCAGAGCCACUGUCACAGAGCCACAGAGCCGCUGUCCCAGAGCCGCUGA